CUCCAUUACAGCCCAGGCGGUACCUUUUUAAACACCUCCAUUCUCUGACCAGGGUUUUCAGUCCAAAUCUUCCAAAUCUUUCUCUUUCUUCUUCCUUGAUCAUUCUACCUCCGGCCAGGCGCCAACUCCACACUCCCUAACCAAGCCAUCCCAUCUCUUCAAAAUCCCUCUACUUUCUCAACCAACCUUCAACCAAGAAACAAAAUGGCCGGCCCACCCACUCUCCUCACAUUCCUCCUCACCCUGUCAACCGCCCCCUUGACCUCGGCAGCAAACUCGACCUACACCCUCAAAACCGACCUCUCGCACAAAAACUUCUUCCCCAACUUCGCCCUCUACAGCUCCGCCGACCCCAGCAAGGGCUUCGUCUCCUACCAGAACCUCUCCUCGGCAAUCCAUUCCCAGCUGAUCGGCUACCUCGAGCCCUCCUCCUCCGUCUUCCUAGGCGUCGACUCCACCUCCAAACCAGCCACCACCGGACGCGCCUCCGUGCGCGCAGAAAGCACCGUCAAUUUCAACCCGCCUCCUGGCAAAAACGAUGCCGGGUUGCUGGUAGCCGAUAUCAAGCACAUGCCCGCCAGCGAGUGCGGGACGUGGCCUGCGUUCUGGCUGCUAGGUAGAGAGCAGUGGCCUGUGGGCGGGGAAAUCGAUAUCCUGGAGGGUGUCAACGAUGAUGUUAGGAAUAGCGUUACGUUGCAUACGAGUAAGGGGUGCGUGGUCGAUAAUUCGACUACUGCUGCUAUGGGCGAUGGGUCUGGGGAGGGAAACGAAAUGAUGUCGUCGUUCUCGGGCACUAUGGUGACGGAUGACUGCGACGUCGCGGCGCCGGACCAGUCCAAGAAUAAGGGAUGCAGUAUCCUGGCGCCGGAAUCGUAUACGCUGUCUUCUACGGCGGGUGGUGGUCAGUCGGAGUUGAAUUCUCAACCACUGCCUUCCUACGGCACGCCGUUCAACGCUGCCGGGGGUGGAGUUUAUAUCCUCGAAUGGACGCACACUUCCAUAACCGCCUGGUUUCUGCCUCGCGACCUGCUCUCGUCGACUUCGUCUCUGGCUAGACAGUUCAACGGCAGCGGUACCCCUGACCCAAAAACUUUCCCCAUCUCCCCAAUCGCGCGCUUCUCCGGCUCCGGGUGCGACUUUACCGCCCGCUUCAAGGACCUGCGUAUCAUCUUCAACACGGCCUUUUGCGGCGAGUGGGCAGGGCAGGAGGACGUGUGGGGAAGCAGUUGUAAGGAGAAGACGGGGUUUGAGACAUGUGAGGAAUAUGUGCGAGAGAAGCCGGAAGUCUUCGAGGAGGCGUAUUGGGAGAUUGCUGGGCUGCGAUGGUAUGAGAAGGAGGGAGGGGCGGAGAAGCGCUGGAGUGGAAGGCGUCAUGGAAGGGAGUUCAAGCUGUGAGGAGGUGAAUGUACCAGCCCGCCUGGUUGGGUUUGCUCCCCUUUGUCCAUAUGCUUGGAUAAACGGAGGGUUUGUUUGGGCAUUCGUUGCGUAGCGUUGCAUUGCAUAACGCCACAUACAUGUAUGCAUUC